AGAGAGAGAGAGAGGAAGAGAGGAAGAGAGCGCGCAAAACAAAGAGCUCAGACCAGAAGAAGUGAGAGUAGCGAUAGAGGAAGAGAGAGGCAGAAAAAAGAACCAAAAAUAAAAAAUAAAAGUACGCACAACAACUCCACUGAUGAGAACCUGCUAUUUUUAAAGGCUAAACCGAUAGAGCUAGAGGAGGAGAGAGAGAGAGAGAGAGAGAGAGAAAUCCACCGUCAUCAUGAAGUUGCGCAGUUACCUUGUCUUCCUCGUUCUUGCACUCGUUUGCAUUUCCAGAGGAGACGAUGAAGCUACGACUGCCCCAGAAAACAGGCCUGAGGUUUCCCAAACACACACAGAUCCCCCCCCCACCUCGGCUGCCUCCACACCCUCGGAGUCUGUGAAUAAAAGCACAUAUGAAGUGACGCCGGCCACAACGCCCUCCACUUCCCCUGAGGAAAACACAACGGAUGCAUGGUAUUUCACCAACAACAUCACAAAUGAACUGACAAACGAAACUGGAGAGGAGGGCAGCGGCAGCAGCAGCAGCAGCAGCAGCAGCAGCACAGUACCGCAGACCACCACUCCAGGGGGCACCACACCACUGCCAGCUCCAGAUCAAAGCCAACACCACACAUCCUGGGGUUAUGUGAUCCUGGUGCUGAUCAUCGUGGUGGUCGUGGUUCUGUGUGUCAUCCUCUACUUACUGAGGAGAGUGUCCAGGACGUACUCGUUCGACCUCCAGCGUCCGAGUCCGGCCCACAACCUCAGUGAACCGAUCGGAACCUUCGAGCCAGUUUACUUGGAUGACCUGGAUCGUCCAGCGCUGAAAGACCAAGUCAACAGCAAUGAACCUUCAACUCCAUCGACAGCCAACGGCACCAGGUUACAGGCUGAGGAGAAGAGCUCCAACGGAGACGCUCCACAGGAACAGUCCAAUGGCCUGCAGGGGGCCCCCACCGGCCUGCAGGGGGCCCCCACCGGCCUGCAGGGGGCCCCCACCGGCGACGCCGACCCCCCACUGGACAGCCGUGCAGAUAACAGGUCCAGUCCAGACCUGUUCUUCGAUACCACAAAGGAAGAGCAGCAGAACGAGAACAACAAUAAUCCAUUCACCUGUUCCAGUCUUCCGUUUGUUGAAAUCAACCUUGAGGAGGCGCCGUGGUGUGACCAGCUCCUCUCCUCCCCUCAGGCUCCUUCCUCAGUCCUCCCCUUCCCUCCUUUCUCCUUCUCCUCCUCCUCUUAGCACCUAUGAUGGAAACAUCAGCACACACAAGUAGGACUAAUGUUUGACCACUCUGGAGUUUCACUGGAUAGAAAAUUAUUGCACAGUUUGAACAGAAAAGAACUGAUUAGUAAGAAUAGGUUGGUUUGGGCUGAUAUUAUGGAACUGGAGUCACUAAAAGGAUUUGAAAUACACCAUAAGCAGGUUUGGAGAUUUAACCCUUAAAGAGCCAAACAUUUACCAACAGCCCAAACCAUCCACUGAUCUAAACUGUUUAAAACACAGGUGUCAAACAUGUGGUCCAGGGGCCAAAUCUGACCCACCAAAGGAUCCAA